AUGCCUUCGCCGACGGACCCCGCGCUUCAGUUCGACUCCAUUGAGGACACAAUCACAGCUUUCAAGAAUGGGGAGUUCAUUAUCGUACUGGAUUCACAAGACCGCGAGAAUGAAGGUGACCUAAUAAUCGCCGCGGAGUCUAUCACAGACGCGCAAAUGGCAUUCUUAGUUCGUUAUACCAGUGGUUUAAUCUGCGCCCCCAUCACACCGGAGAUCGCCAACCGGCUCCAGCUCCCCCAGAUGGUCAUCGAGAACACCGACCCCAAAGGCACCGCAUACACCGUUUCCAUAGACUCCGCCGACUCCUCCGUCACAACCGGUAUCUCAGCCCAAGAUCGCGCUCUAGCCUGCCGAACCCUCGCGUCCCCGUCUGCCUCCCCCGACGACUUCCGAAGGCCAGGCCACAUCAUCCCUCUCCAAGCGAAGGCCGGCGGCGUGCGCCAACGGAAAGGCCACACCGAAGCUGCUGUUGAGUUCUGUAGACUGGCGGGUAAGGCGCCCGCUGGUGUAAUUGCAGAGUUGGUUGAGGACGGCGAGAUCGUGGAGGGUGUCCCUGAGAUCUCCGGGAAUAAUGGCAUGAUGAGGCGCGACGGGUGCUUGAAGUUUGGCCGCAAGUGGGGGAUCAAGGUGUGCACUAUUGAGGAUCUGGUUGAGUAUGUUGAGCGGACGGAGAGUGUUAACGGGAAACACUGA